GCUCGGCUCCUUCUGGAGCGCGUCCGGCUCGCUCCCGGAAGCCGGCAGGGAACUGGGAGCGGCGGGAGCGGCUGUCCCGGCCCGGCUCCUGAAGCCGGCAGGGAAUUGGGAGCGGCGGGAGCGGCUGUCCCGGCCCGGCUCCUGAAGCCAGCAGGGAACUGGGAGCGGCGGGAGCGGCUGUCCCGGCCCGGCUCCUGCUCCUGCUCCCGGCAGCAGACAGGGAAUUGGGAGCGGCUGUCCUGCCCCGGCUCCCGCUCCCGGCGUGGUUCUCACGGGGAACCGGCGGGCUCGGGAGCUGCAUUCCUUUUCCCGCGGCUGCCUUUGGGUGUUUUCAGACCCAAAAGUGUCUGGAAACACUCGCCUGGUGACCUGGGGUUUCAGCCGGCGAAUAGAACUCUUAUUUCACCGAUAAACCCGGAGCGUGUUGAGCAGCAAAGAUGUGGGAUUAGAAGUGGCUCCGAUGUCCCCUCGCGGCGCUGGGAGUAAGGACCCAGCUCCCAUCCCGGCUGCCGCGUUGGGAAGCAGCUGUCCGAGCCCGCGGUCAGCCCCGGGGGAUGUCCCGGGGCAGCUCCCGGUGCUCGGAGCACGGGCAGCUUGGAUCUCCAUCCCUUAGCACGGCUCUGUGAGGAGCGGGGAUCGCUGCUCCCGCUGCCUGGCGCCUUCCAGCAAGCAACUUCAGGAGCUAAAAGGAAACAGCGAGGUCUGAAAUGUUGGUAUUGACGGCAGCCCCUGGGCUCAGAGAUGGAUUCACCAGAAGGGGCCACCAUUAGAAGUGAGCAGAAAUUCAGAAAAUUCCUAAAAAGUCUCAUAAGAAAGCAGCCUCGGGACCUUCUGCUGGUGAUUGGGACGGGGGUGAGUGCUGCAGUGGCCCCAGGAAUCCCAGCACUCUGCUCCUGGAGGAGCUGCAUUGAGGCUGUCCUUGGAGCAGCUGAGCAGCUGGAGGUGCUGCACCCCGGGGAUGUCGCCGAAUUCCGUAAGAAAGUGAUCAAAGAGAGAGACCUGCUUGUGGUUGCACAUGAUCUCAUCAGGAAGAUGUCACCACGUACCGGGGACACGAAGCCCAACUUCUUCCAGGAUUGCUUAAUGGAGGUGUUUGAUAAUUUAGAGCAACACAUUCAGAACCCUGUGGUUCUGCAGUCCAUCCUGAGGCUCAUGGAGAGAGGCACAAUGGUUCUGACUACAAACUAUGAUAACCUGCUUGAAAUAUUUGGUCAGCAACAGGGUAAACCUAUGGAAUCUUUAGACCUUAAAGAUAAGGAUAAGGUUCUCCAGUGGGCAAGGGGCCAUGUAAAAUAUGGAGUUCUUCAUAUUCAUGGCUUAUAUACAGAUCCCUGUGGAAUGGUGCUUGAUCCCUCGGGAUAUAAAGAUGUUACUCAAGAUCCUGAAGUCAUGGAGGUUCUUCAGAACUUGUACCGAACCAAGUCUUUUUUGUUUUUGGGUUGUGGAGAGACUCUGCGUGACCAGAUAUUCCAAGCUCUUUUUCUUUACACAGUAAAGAACAAAGUGGAUCUAGAACAUUACAUGUUGGUGCUUAAAGAAAAUGAAGACCACUUUUUUAAGCUCCAAGCAGAUAUGCUGCUGCAUGGAAUAAAAGUGGUGUCCUAUGGGGACUGCUUCCAGCAAUUCCCAGAGUAUGUCCAGGAUCUGACUGCUCAAAUCUGCAAACAGAGAAGUCCAGACGCUGAUCGGGUGGACAGCACAACGCUGUUGGGAACAUCAUGUGUGGACUGUGCUAAAAGGAAGUUAGGAGAAAGUGGCACUGAUUCUCCUAAGAGGAUCAAGCAGUCAGAUACACCCACUCUUGAAUGAAAAAACCCCAAACACCCAAGGCCCACUACAGAAGCUUUUUAACAGUAGGUGUUUUACAUCUGCUGCAUGGAAAGUUUUCAGCUGGUAUUUUCAUGAUUUUAAGUGGAAUAAAAUUGUACAUAC